AUGAAAAAAGAAAUAAAGAACCAUACCUUAUCAAGGCGAGAUUUGGAAAUUCUAUCAAGAAAAAAAAAACAUUUGAAAAAUGAAGAGAAGAAAAUUUUUAGAAUAUAUAUAUAUGCUUUAGUGACUUUUAUAAUUUGUUCUUUACUUUUUUUAUACUUUAAUAAUAAUUCCUCAGAAAAUACUGACUUAAUUUUUAGUAACGAUGAAUUAAAAGUAUUUAAAGAUUUAUUAAAAAGGUAUAAAGAAGGAAGCAAUUUACAAAAUGAUGUAGAUGAAGAAGGAAAGACUGAUGGUGAUGAUAAAACUGAUUUACAAAAUAUAAAAGUUAAUAAAAAUUUGAUAAUAGACAACUUAUACGAUUUGAUUAAUGAACAGAAUAAGGUAAGUAAGGAAAGAUUAUCCGAAAUAUUUGAUAAUUUCUUAAAAAAAUCUAAUGAAAAGCUUGACAAAGAGUAUAUUUUGUUAAAUGGAGUAACAAAAAAGAAUGAUAAUCAUUUAAAUAUAAAAUAUAAUAAUAAAGAGCAGUUAAAUGAGGUUACAACAUUGGUAAAUUUAUAUAAUAAUUUAAAAUAUGUAUCAACAUUUUAUAAGUUUAUGAAAGAACAUAAUAAGAAUUAUAAGAAUAUGAAGGAAAAAAUAGAAAGAUAUGAAAACUUUAAAAUAAAUUAUUUAGAAAUCAAAAAACAUAAUGCGGAUAAUGAUUUAUAUAAAAAAAAGUUAAAUCAUUUUAGUGAUUAUUCUAAAAAGGAAUUAGAAAAUUAUUUUAAAAAGUUAACUUCUGUACCUCCUCAUCUCAUAGAAAAACAUGUAAAACCAUUUAAUGCAAUGUUAAAAAGUGCAAAAGGAAAUGAAAAUGAAAAAAAAAAUGAAGAUAUUUUUAGUAAAUAUCCUACCAAUUUAGAUUAUAGACAAAAAGGAAUAGUAAUUGAUCCAAAAGAUCAAGGUUCGUGUGGUUCAUGCUGGUCAUUUGCUGGUGUAGCUAAUAUUGAAAGUAUGUAUGCAAAAAAAAAUAAAAAAUUAAUAAGUUUAAGCGAACAAGAAGUAAUAGAUUGUUCUAAAAUAUGUUUUGGUUGUGAUGGAUGUCAUCCAUUUUAUACUCUUUUAUAUGCAUUGGAAAAUAAAAUAUGUUUAGAAGAACAAUAUAAAUAUAAAAAAAUGGAAGAUAUAUUUUGUUUAAAAUAUAAAUGUACAGAUAAAAUUCCUAUAACUUCAAUUGGUAGUGUUAAAGAGAAUCAGUUAAUACAAGCUUUAAAUGAAGUUGGUCCUUUAUCUAUUUGCGUUGGUGCAAGUGAUGAUUUUGCUUUUUAUCAUGAAGGUAUUUUUAAUGGAAAAUGUACAAAUGAAAUAAAUCAUGCUGUUCUUUUAGUUGGCUAUGGACAAGUUCAAAAAAAUAAAAAAUUAAUUGAAAAUAAAAAUACACAAAAAUAUAAAGGAACUUUUUCUGAUGAAAAUGAUAAUUUUAUAUAUUACUGGAUCAUCAAAAAUUCAUGGGGAAGUAAAUGGGGAGAAAAUGGAUUUAUGAAAAUCAUUAGAAAUAAAAAUGGUGAUAAUUUAUUUUGUAAGAUUGGUGUUGAAGUCUUUUAUCCGAUAUUAUAA